AGCAAAAUUUUUCAAGGAAAAAAAAUAUAUAUAAAAAAGAUUUAUAGGACUUGUUGGUUCUCGUAGCUUAAGGCAUAAGUGGCGGCUGCAUACUAAUUUUGGUCUUGCGACUUUUCAGAAACGUUGGCUGCUAUCUCGCUAGAUAUCCCGCAGGCAAACAUUCGAACGCCGCUGAAUGAUAAUGCCUGUGUCAACUUAUUCGAGGGUAACGUACAGAGAGCAUGCGCAUUACCUGCGGGUAUUAAUGGCUACGAAUCUCUAGCAUUGAGGCCAAGUGCGCAGGUACACUAGCCAACGCGUUCCCAGAAAGCUAAAGAGACACCUGUCGUCAAUCGCUGAGUAGUAAUAAUCUUGCUCGCGACCAGUACACAAAUUUAUUCUGCUGUGAGAACGAAUAUUUCUCCAGAUGAUUGGCAGUCGCACAGUUACAGGAAUUAUCCUGAAGAAGUAAUCAUAAGGCAAUAUUUUAUAUUUUGAAGCUCGAAAUAUAAAAUACUGUAGCAAAAUACUAUUUCAUUUAAUCGUUUUCUCGGGAAUUGUGAUUAUCAAAAGUUUCAACAAGUAGGAAACACGUAUUUUUCGUUAACCAAACUAUAUGUUAUUGAAUCGACCAGAAACCAGUUCAUCAAUGUAAAAAAAUAACAAGAGUUUCAGAGAGAGCUUGAAAUUAAUUUUUCGUUGCUACUAAUAAGUAAAUAUUUCAGAAGGAACAUGUGGUUAUCAAACAAGAAAUCAGCCUCUCCGACAGGAACAAAACUAUUUCACCCAGCAGUGUUAGUGACUCUCUGGAUGGCUGUGCCUGGAAGUGCCGCUGACGAAUUAUGUUACUCCUCUGGCGAAGUUGCUGGAAUUGUAAUUGCCACGUUUUUUGUGACCUUAGUUUUAGGAGGCCUAGGUUUAGUAGUGGCCUGGUACCUUUGGAAAAGACAAAAAAGUGCUAGAGUUACUGCGGGAAAAUUUGACAAUGAAGAGGAAAGGGCAGAUGAUAAAGGAAAAUUUGCCAUUGAUAAUCCACACUUCCGAAGCGACGAAACUGACGGAGCCACACCUGAUGCAGCUGAAAAAGGUAAAGCAUUUGUUUCUUCUGAUCGUCCGAUACUUUCCGGAGAACUCAACUCUAAGGUGGUCCCAGCACAAAAACACAAGAAGAGCCGACUACCACUUACCAAUCCAUUUACAUCAGUAUUCUAUCUGAAUAAGAAACACAGAACAAUGGAUGACACCGACUUGGCUAUAGAACCAGAAAGAGUGAUGGUACCGUUGCGAGGCCAUGAUUUCUCCGGUCUGGGCUUCAACAUCUUCGGAAACAUGAGGGACGGCAUCUUUGUGAAGGAUGUGUUACACCGAGGUCCUGCCAGCGAAUCAGGAAGAAUAAGAGCAGGUGAUCGUAUCUUAAGCGUUAACGUCUCUUUUUCGAACAUGGUAUACGAGGACGCCCUAACAAUAUUAAGCUAUGCUUCUCCAUAUGAUGUUCAACUGGAACUAGAAAAAGUCUCCGAAAGCAAUCAAGUUAUGUCAUCGCCCUCUGAGAGCAAACGUCUAGGGUCUUCUAGUUUCAGUGGCGGAGGUCAACGACUUUUCCAUCCUUUGUAUAGAAGUCAGUCUAUUGAUGACCUAACACAAAUUGGUAAAGAUGUAAUCCCUUCUCAUGGAAUAUCGCCUAAACGGUCUAAAAGUAUCGGACUUGCAGCCCAAAGGUUGAGAUCACACUUGGAUUAUAAAAAUGGAGAGACGCUUUCAGAAGGCGUUGAAAGACCGUCAACAAAGAUAACAGGCUCACUGAAUGAGCGCAUGUUGGCUUCUGCAAUGGGAGAGGACGACAUUUCUAAGAAAAUGUCGACAAGGUCAUAUCAGGAAAGAAAAACAGAAGAUAUAUCUUUCCAAAUGGGUAAUAAUGGAAAUGAUAACUUUCCUGACCUUACGUCUCGCUUUCCAAAACCAAGUGAAAAGGAGGAAGUUGGCAGCAUUAUCGCUUCUGCCAAUAUUCCUAAAGCAGAGCAAUCUCCUGAUAUUCACGAUUCGUUAGAAGAAAAUUAUGUUAAACCAGAGGAGAGGAUUUUUGUAUGUCAGGAGGAAAAUCGAAACAGAGAAAAAGAGCCCCUAAAAGAGGCAGAAAACGAAUCAUCAAGUGACAUAUCAGAGGAGAAAACUCUCUCUCUUCCUCGAAAAACGGCUACCCCAGGAAAAAGAAAGGCACCAGCUCCACCGAAACCUCCUCACUCAUCUUAUGGCGUAGCGAUGGAAACAAAAGCUCUGGUACAUUGUUUUGGAGAAGAAAAUAACAUCGGACAUAUUCCAGAAGAUAAUAAUUUGUUGUCACCAGCAAAGAAUUUUGAGAACGGAAAUAAUCCUGUUAAAGAAUUAAAUCUGGUAACAAAUGGUACAGCUGGUUCUGACGAAAUAGUUAGUUUAAAAAACCUUGAAUUGCCUAAAAUAAUUAAUCAUAACCAAAAUGGUGACUCUGAAAUUUCUAGAGAUUUUAUGAAAACUGGUGAUAAAGAAGAAAAAGUUCGAAGAAGGUCUUCUUCUUUGGGCGAUAUUAAUAAACUUGAAGAAGCUGUGAGCCAGUCUCCAACUUUGUUAGAGAGAGCUGUGUCUUUAGACUUUCAGAAACAACUUCUUCCAGAAGAGAAUUUACGAGAACAGAACAAAAUUUUAAGACCUCCAAAUUUUGAUCCAACAGAACACGAAGAUGUUUUUCUCCCAGUUCAAAAAGUUAGGAAAUUUGUAAAAAAGACAGAGGUUCCAACUCAUGAGAUAGAAGCAAAACAUCUAAAGAAACCUGAUAUUACGCAAACUCCACAUGUAAGCAACAGCAAAGAAGACGUUUUAGCUACAGACGAUACAGUAAUGAAACACACUAUAAAACCUGACAUAACUUUAAAUUUAGAUUCCAUAUCGAACGCAUCUACAGUAAGCAAAUCAAGUUCCAUAUCUAGUGUAUCGAGUCACAGUGAUUAUGAAGAAGAUAAAAAUAUUUCCACCCCAGCUAGAAGAGUAAUCAAAGUAGAUACCAUUCAUUUGACAUCAGAUCUUUCUUUCGAUGACAAAAGUUCGAAACAGGAUCAUGUUUCUCCUCAAACAGACAGUAGCCCAGAUUUUUCUUUUAAAAAUCCAAAGAUCGUGAACGCCAGUGCUGCUCAUACCGGUAGGAAGGACAACUCCGCUUUCACUGUAGAUAUACCCAUUAUACCACCAGUCAUUCGUCAUCAAGACAAAAAUGAAACAUAUUUUGCUUCUUCUCCCCCAACUCUGUCCCCCGUGCCCAGACCUGAAAAUAAAGAAGUAAUCGAAAUUAAUAAGCACGAACUAGAUGGAGUCAUGAUCUCCCACAAUGAAUAUUUGCUUAAACAGGCAAACACAUCAAGAACCUACACAAACAUGAUUACAGAAGCGACUGCAAAAUAUCCUACCGAAAGCACUGAUUUCGAAUCCUGGAGCUUUGGAGAUGAAAGUGAAAAUAAAGUUAAAGAGUACACCGAUACCAUUAAUGAAAAUUAUAGUGAAACAUCUUCGAGCUUAUUCAAAACAGCUGUGGAAAUUCCAUUCACUAGCUCUGGAAAUGUUAUCGAAUAUUCCAAAAAAGGAUUUACUCCUGAGAUUUCUGGUUACACGGUACGAAGUGCUGAAGGAGAUGUAACCAAAACAGUCAUCAUAACUACUAGCGAAAACUCAAAUAUCAGUUCUACUGGUAGCCACACUUCAGAUUCUCCACCACCGCGGCUGGAACUUCCUUAUUAAACAUAUUUCUAUGGGUUUUCGAGACAGUGCACAUUACAAUUGUGCCAAGUAUCUCAAACGUAAGUUGAAAAACAAAAGGCUUGAAAAUAAUGUAUUCGUAUUAAAGUGGGGAGAUAUUUGUUAUAUUUGAAGAGAAAGAACUCUUCUGUAAUGCAAAGAGGGUGGGCAAUGCAUAGUUAGAUUGAAAAACUGUAACCCAGCUUUAAGGCUCGAGGCGAAACCUGCAUUCCUAAGAACAAGGUAGACCUCAAGGACAACCGGUGCUCAAGGCUGCUAGAAGUAAAAAAAAUGCUACUUACGUGUAUGUGUUUCCAACUCAGAACUCAAAGACGUUGCUAAAAGUAGUAAAAAACAAACUUUAAUUAUAACAACUACACGUACUUCUGCAUCACGGUACUGAGGUUCAACCACAUUGUUAAGUCAUUAACUAAUACUUGUUUAAGCAUAAAAACUUAAUAUGGUCAUUAUUCAUAAAAUAAUUAAGUUUUGGAAUUAGAAGGAUAAAAUUCAGACGAAAAGAGAAAGAUAUCGAUCAUUGUUUUUAUAUGUAUUUUUAAGUUUAUUUCGAUAUAUGUAUAAAGAAUAUAAAAAUCGAAUCCUCUAGAACGUCUAAAAAUAAUCGUAUUUCGAAGUGUUUGACCCAGUAAAUUUUAAAUCAAACAUUCUUAUAAUUUACUAAAAAUACCACACUAUUAAUUUGUAAUUCUGGGAGAAAAUUAGUAGAAUCCUACAAGCAUAUAAAAAGAAUCCCACCAAAAAAACGUGUAUUAAUAUCUUAAUAAAUCCCAUCUAUAAAAGUAAUUAACAGCUUUUGUAAUGUACGAAUUUAUGUAAAUAUUAUUUCAUUUAACUUCUUGACAAACAUGUUAACAUGACUUUUUGUCUAAUUCACUAUUUGUAAAUAUUAUGU